CCGGUCUCCCCCUUUGUCCCUCUCAAACCUUUUCUUUCCUUCCUUGUAUAUAAAUUCAUAAAUUCCCGGCAAUUCCCAAUAAUUAUCAUCCCACAACACAAAGAAAAGAAGCAAUUUUUCUUUUUAAUUCCAUUAAAGUAAUACUCCUUCUGCCUCCCCUGUUUCGUUGUCUCUCUGAAAAUUCCUCCCACCCCACAGAUUUCUCCAUAGCCAAAACCGAAGAACAGAAUCGCCAUUAACAAUACCCCACACCUCACAGCUCUAUCUUCCUUCCCUUUCUGAUCACACCCAUAUACUUUCUCCAGAAACUCAAAUUUCUGUAUCCCACAGAAGGAGAAUUGGGCAGUGAUUGUUUGAUUUCGGGGCUCGCUCGUCGUCUUCAAUGGCGAUGCCGCCGCAGGAGAGAUCCAAAACACUUCACAACUUCUCUCUCCCCUGUUUGAAAUGGGGAAGCCAGCGACACCUAAAGUGCGUCAAGGACCCACCUCCCGACGAUCAUCAUCUUUUUCUGCUUCCUUCUCCUCCUCCGCCGCCGCCUCCGCCACCGCCACCGCACCACCGCCCGUCAUCCUCCUCCGCCGUCCUCAAAGGGUCAAUCCAAGCCAGACCCGCAAUCGGCAAUCCAGUUCAGCACAACAACGCCACUUCUUCCCCUGAUCUUAGAAUCAACGGCGGGGCCGAUGAUCCCCCCAGCUCCUCCCGGCCGUGGAAUCUGCGGACCAGAAGAGCAGCUUGUAAGGCCCCACUAACGAGACCGGAAGACAUCAAAAUUAGUAAUCAGAAAUCGCCCAAGAGAGCUUUCGAGAUUGACUCUUCUUCCUCGCCACCGGCGAAGCGGCAGUGUUUGGACCCUCCGCCGCUGCCGCCCUCGAUCAGGGGAAAACCCAGUAAGUUGCGUGUGCCGUUGUCCAAGGAAGAGAUUGAGGAGGAUUUCAUGGAGAUUGCCAGGAUUAGACCUCCCAGGAGACCCAAGAAGCGGCCCAGAAUCGUUCAGAAGUAUUUGGAUGUGCUUUUUCCGGGACUGUGGCUAACAGAAGUAACUGCCGAUCUAUACAAAGUUCCUGAAGUACCUGAAUCAUGAGGCCAGCAUUUGAUUCAUUGAUUGAUUGGUUCUUAAAUGUAUUUUGACUGCAAUUACAAUUCGAUUUUGGUGCUCAUGGCGGCUUCUCUACUGUUGUUGAAUCAAUUGGGGUUGCAGGGUCAAUAAAAUUUUUUGGGUCUCUAGAGGAAAAAUGAUUUCAUCAUGACAUGUGCUUGCUGACCAUGCUGAUUGCUGCAUUUGUCAACUCAAUGCCAGUAAAAAGAAAAGGCGAUGCAGUAUCAAACUACCUUGUAAAUGUUCCGAUUAUCGCUGCAAUAAUUAGUCUAAUCGAAUUUGUGUUGUUGCCCUUUCUGUUUUAGAUUCUAAUUAAACUUGCUGCAAUCUGGAAAACUUAGGAUUGCUUUGAUCAGAUGAUACCAAU